AUGCCAUUUGAUCGUAAUUGGAUGUACCACCGACUUUGUGAAAAUGGUUACAUAAGAGCUGAGUUCUGUGAUGGAGUUAAAGGGUUCCUUGAGUUUGCAUUUACUCAGUUAGAGUAUUGUAGUGGGGAUAAGAUUAGAUGCCCUUGUAUAAGAUGUGACAACCAGAAAUUCCUUGACCGUGAUACGAUCAAUAUUCAUCUAUUGAGAAAGGGGUUUACACUGGGGUAUUCAACAUGGUUUGCACAUGGGGAGUUUCUUGGGGAAGUUCCUCCUGUAAGUACAAGUGCAGCAGAAGCAUCCAGAUCAAUGGAUGUUGGUUAUGAAUAUGGUGAGCAAUAUAGAACCAUGGUGAUGGAAGUUAUGGGUCCAGAAGAGGAACUUCAUUUGGGGAGUGCACCUGAAGCUAAUCAUGAGGAAGAGCCAAACAAGGAUGCUGCAGAUUUCUAUUCUUUGUUGAAAGAUGCAGAAGUACCUUUGUGGGAAGGGUGUAAAAAACACUCUAAGUUAUCUGCUAUUAGUCAAUUAUUAAAUUGCAAGUCUAAAUUUAAUAUGAGUAUAUCUUGCUAUGAUCGAAUCAUGAAAAUAGUGAAGAAUAUGUUGCCCGAAAGUGAGAAGCUGCCACCUGAUUUCUAUCAAUCAAAGAAGAUGCUUCGGAAAUUGGGGUUGAAGUAUACAAGUAUUGAUGUUUGUGAGAAUAAUUGUAUGCUAUUCUAUAAGGAAACAGAGAAUUUGAUUGAGUGUACUAUUUGUGGUCAUCUUCGAUAUAAACUCAGAAGAAAUGAUGGUGGUGGUAGGAGAAAAGAUGUUCCUUAUAGAAGGUUGCAAUAUCUCCCAAUAACACCAAGACUUCAGAGGCUUUUUAUGUCAAGCAAGACGGCUGAAAAUAUGUCAUGGCAUGUGAAGGAAGGUGAUUCAGAUGAGAUGGUGCAUCCUGCUUGUGGGGAGGCUUGGAAGCACUUUGACCGCAUUCAUCCAUCCUUUUCUAUCGAGCCUCUCAUUUCUGGACCUAAGAGCCCUGGCAAAAGUAUCGAUGUUUUGCUUAGGCCUUUGAUUGAUGAACUUAAAAUGUUGUGGGAAGUAGGGGUCACCACUUAUGACAUUUCUAGAAAAGAGAAUUUUCAAAUGAAGGCAGCUUUAUUGUGGACUAUCAACGAUUUUCCUGCAUAUGGCAUGCUUUUAGGAUGGAGUACACAUGGAAAGUUGGCCUGCCCGUAUUGUAUGGAGAACUCGAAAACUUUUACACUACAACAUGGUGGGAAGACUUCUUUUUUUGACUGCCACCGUCAAUUCUUGCCCAUGGACCAUGCAUACAGAUACCAAGUUGAUGGUUUCUUCAAUGGUAGAAUAGAGACAGACCCCCCACCUCCUCGACUGUCUGGUGAAGAGUUGAAAAAUAGGGUCUCUGCCUUGCCUAAUAUAACAUUUGGUUUGAAAGCACCUAAGCACACCAUUCCUGGAUUCGGUAAAGAGCAUAAUUGGGUGAAAAGGAGCAUAUUUUGGGAGUUGCCCUAUUGGCAUACACUACUUAUUCGACAUAAUUUAGAUGUCAUGCAUAUUGUUCGGAAUGUGUUUCUCAAUAUAUUUUACACUUGUAUGGAUGUAAAAGGGAAGACUAAAGAUAAUGUGAAAGCAAGGCAAGAUUUAGAGUUGUAUUGCAAGCAUCCUAAGUUGAGGAUUCAAUUUGUUAAUGGAAAGCUAGUUAAGCCUCCAGCUUCCUAUGUGUUGUCCAAAGACUAG